GCACUAUAGUCUUUUGAGCCCAGAGAGUGGAAUCUUGUUGGAACAUACCAUUUGUUCAAACUAUCCCUACCCUCGUUCAUGGCGGUACACUCUAAAAUUGAGACAGUGCUAUGGAACCAGGACCAGAUUUCGGCUCGAGUCGCCGACAUCGCCUCCCGAAUCUCUCUCGACUUCCCCGCAUUCUCUUCGCCGCCGGUCCUCGUCGGCGUCGCCACCGGAGCUUUCGUCUUCCUCGCCGACUUGGUCCGUCACAUCAACCUUCCAAUUUCUGUUGACCUUGUUCGGGUUGAAUCCUACGGUUUCGGCACUCACUCUAAUGGCGCUCCGAGAAUCUCGUCCGACUUGAAGGUCGAUGUCAAGAACAAGCACGUAAUUCUGGUUGAGGAUAUUGUAGACACUGGAAACACUUUAUCGUGUCUCAUUGCUCAUAUGGAGGCAAAAGGAGCAUCAUCUGUAUCAGUCUGCACUUUUCUCGACAAACCAACGAGACGAAAGGUUCAUUUUCAGCUAGUAGGCGAAGGAAAGUUCUACUGUGGGUUUGAAUGUCCAGAUUACUUUGUCGUGGGCUACGGAAUGGACUUUGCGGAGCAGUACAGAAAUUUACCAUAUGUUGGCGUCUUGAAGCCCGAGUGUUACCAGUGAUUCGAUCGACCGUCUCUACAAGGGUAGCGAUCUAUUUACUAUUUAUGUGCAGUCUUUAAGUGUUGAACUUGCAAUGUUUUCAUUACAUACCUAUGAACCCCUUCCCACAUUCAUUGCAAUGUUGUGGGGAAAAUCAAGACAUGAUAAGGGAAAUGGUACAGAAUUUGAACAUAGUUAGCUUUAGAUGCAAUUGGAAUCUGGAAGUUUCAAAACUUUAGAGAGCCAAUUCAUGAGUUUCUACUUUUCUCUA